AGAUCAAGUACCAACACAACAAACACGUAUACAAAUACACAUUACAACUUACACGGCAUUUAAUGUAUUAGUAAUUAAUAAUUAUUAUUAUCUUGAAGAUUAGAAGUAGUGCUGAACUUAGCGAGAUUUUGCGAUAAGGCGACUUUACAAAACCGUCUAGGGUGACGGGUGACCAAAUUCACAUAAAGUACAAUUUUUACGUAGAUACAAAGUCGCCGGGGCUUACUUCUUAUUUUCCACCUAUUUACGCUAUUUUAUUACAGUGGUUAGGUUAUAUACAUAUGAACGAUUGUCCGGUGACCGGUUAACUUAAAUAAUAGAAUACUGCAUUACUGUGUAUAAAAUAAAAUGAAUAUAAAUUAUCAUUGUAUCGGCAUAGUACUGUUAGCAUGCUUAACAUCAAACAGUAACUCCGCACUUUUCGAAUCAGAUUCUUGCUAUUCAUUUGGAAGUGGUAAUGUUUUCCCGGGAGGUGCUAAGAGGAUUGACCAUAAAUUACAGUUUACAAAAGCAAUGAUUUCUAAGCCAGCUCCAGAAUGGGAGGCUACAGCAGUAGUCAACGGAGAGAUUACACAACUUUCUCUGUCAAGUUUCAAAGGAAAAUAUGUAGUGUUCUUUUUUUACCCUUUGGAUUUUACAUUUGUAUGUCCAACGGAAAUAUUAGCUUUCUCUGAAAGAUAUGAAGAGUUUAAGAAAAUUAAUACAGAAGUUGUUGCUUGUUCAGUGGACUCCCACUUUACUCACUUAGCAUGGAUAAACACACCACGAAAAGAAGGAGGGCUUGGAAAAAUUAAUAUCCCAUUGCUGAGUGAUUUAACACACUCGAUUGCUAAAGAUUAUGGGGUUUACUUGGAAGACUUGGGUCAUACAUUGAGAGGCCUAUUUAUAAUUGAUGAUAAGGGAAUUUUGAGACAAAUCACAAUGAAUGAUUUACCCGUAGGAAGGUCUGUAGAUGAAACUCUCAGAUUAGUCCAGGCUUUCCAAUAUACAGACAAGCAUGGAGAAGUUUGCCCAGCUGGUUGGAAACCAGGACAGGAUACUAUUAUACCAAAUCCUGAUGAGAAAAAAAAAUAUUUUGAAAAACUUUCUAAUGUUGAAUUGUAACAAGAGUCACAUUUUCGUAUAAUUUUUUUGUAGUCGCCAACAUGCAUUUCUGUUUGAAUUUAAUACAUUAAUUAAUGAUAAAGUCAAAUUAUUAUUAUAUAAAUGGUCCUACAUGUGGUCCUACAUAUAUAGUUAUAUAUAUUAUUUAGUACGUCUCAAAUAUAAUUUAAAAUUAUGUUUAUACCUUGCCAUAGCGUCACAAAUUCGUUUUAAUUAUAAGAUGUAUUUAUUAUGGGUGAGAAUAUAAAAUGUUGAGACGUAGGUACAUUCCAAAAAUACUACAUAAAAUAUAAUUAUAUUAAUUUUUUGCUUUUAAUUGCUUUAGUUGUAAUAAUUUGCUUUCUAAUAUCAGUGUAUUAGUUUUUUUUUUUCAUUAAAAUAGAGAGCAAUGCACAACUGGUAGUUGUACAGUGGAUGAGUGUCGACUACAUGAUCAUGUUAAUGUUAAUAAUAAUAAGAACUAAUAUUUCUGCUAAAUCUUGUUUGUCAUUUUCGCCUUUAAUUAUAAUACAGUUUUUUAUUUGUACUGAUAUAUUGUGUUCUUGUCAUAUUAUAAAUUAGUAUGUACAUUGACAAAAUUAAUUAAUUAUUGGUAGGUAGGUUAUAUUUAAUACAAAAUCAUCACAUUUAUUGUUUACAAUUUUAAAUGAAUUUCUAUUUUUGAUAUAUAAUACAUGUUUUAAAGUAA